UGUUUGGACACCUGAGCGGAGUCUGUGCGCGGGACCGUGAUCUGCUCCGGAGUAAAAAUAUUCCGUUACCUCGGGAUCAUCAGCGGGAAACACACGAUGGUUACCACGGUUACGCCUCCAUGACUCACAGACUGCGCGUGCGCACUAACUAAAACCCCUUUAACGUCUGAUUAGUUGCGCGAGGAAGGGUCGGUGCACAUCUUUAUGACCUAGCAGAUGUUACAGCUGUGGUAAAUCUGCGCAGCUGCUUAAUGUUCGGUUAUUCGACUCACCAGCAGUCGGAUACAAAGUGAUCUGACCUCUGACCCCGUGCCUCAGCCUGUAAACAUGUUUGUUUCUGCCUGACUCGCUGCUGCCCCUGCGGCACAGCAGAGGAACUGCAGGGGGACCGCCCACUCCGAUUUCAGACACGUCCUGAAAUAACGUGGAAAUCCCCCCCAAUCAGAUCAGACCCGCCCCUCCGUCUGAGCCACUCACACCUGCUGCCACUUUCAGUUAAUCCGCCUUCUUCACCGCACUUCCUGUCAGCGCGCCACUGUCUCUGUUUGCUGCUCUUAUCGAUUCCUGGGGUCACAUGACUCAUGGCGCUCUGCACAUCACAAACAUCUCUGUUUGCUGCAUGAGCUAAACAUCACACAGGAAGUUCAUCACCCCGCCUAUGCCCUAGCCCACAGGAGGGCGGCGAAACUGUGACCUCACCGAGCGACCUGCAGGCGAGGGUUAAACUUUAAGAGCACCGUCCUCAUGCUGACUGAUUGUGUGUGUGUGUCUGGCUCAGAGCAGCCUGUGAACAUCGUAUACGUCAGGUUUCAUCGUCAGCUGCUAGGAGUAUGUAAUGCGUUAGUCUUUGCAGACUCACAGACUCUCGUCCUCAGAGUGAGUCCACGGUUCUGGUCCAGAGAGCUGACAUGGCUGUCGCAGGCGGAGCAUCCUCCUCUGUCCUCGUGUCUUCGGCAAAGGAAACGGCGGCGCUGAAGGUGAACCCGGCUGACGUCCCUGCCCUGGAGAUCAAACUAGGAGCGCUGGCGGUCCUGCUGUCAGUCACGCUGCUGUUCGGAUUUGCCCCGCUCUGCAUCGUCCGAGGGGCGGGGCGCUUCAGCGUGCAGCCAGAUUUACGGCGCCUGCUGCUGAGCUUGAUCAGCUGUUUUGCUGGAGGCGUGUUCUUCGCCACCUGCCUCCUGGACCUGCUGCCCGACUACCUGCAGAGCAUCAACGAGGCCUUCAGCAGCGCCGGGAUUAAGCUGCAGUUCCCCCUGCCCGAGUUCAUCGUGGCUAUGGGCUUCUUCCUGGUCCUGGUCCUGGAGCAGAUCAUCCUGGCCUUCAAGGACCAGACGUCGCCGUCCCCGGAGGAACGGCGCUCUCUGCUGGUGGACUCCAGCAUUCAAUCCAACGAUCACCGCCGCCGGGGCUCAGCGGACUCGGACGGUCACUUCCACGUGGACUUUGGUUCUCAGUCCGCCCUGCGCGCCUUCAUCCUGGUCUUCUCGCUGUCGCUGCACUCGGUGUUCGAGGGGCUGGCGGUGGGGCUGCUGGAGGAGGGGCAGGAGGUGCUGGAGAUCUGCCUCGCCCUGAUGAUCCACAAGAGCAUCAUCUCCUUCAGCCUGACCGUGAAGCUGUGUCAGGCCCGGCUGCGUCGCUCCGUGGUGGUCGGCUGCCUGCUGCUGUUCGCCGUCAUGUCGCCGCUGGGCGUCGGCCUGGGCGUCGGCCUCACCGAGACCAAGACGUCGCCGGGGCACCAGCUGGCCCGCUGCACGCUGGAGGGGCUGGCGGCGGGAACCUUCAUCUACAUCACCUUCAUGGAGAUCCUACCGCACGAGCUCGCCGCCGGCAGGAACCGCAUCGCCAAAGUGGCCAUGCUGCUGGUGGGCUUUGCCAUGGUGACCGCCGUGCUGUUCAUCAAACUGUAGAGGCAGACGGCGAGAGGGCGAGCUCCGUGUGCGACUUCAGAGACGUCGCAUGGUUCAGAGCUUCAUUAGGAACACGUGUUUAAUUUUUGUGACGUUAACGAGAGACGAAGACUUAAGCCAAAGAGAGACGGCGCGAGAGCGCCAGGGGGAGGAGCAGAACAACCCCGCAAACCUGAUCCGUUAAAGUUUCGUGCCCUCCUUCGAGGUCUCCUCUGACCGCCUGCAGGGUUUGACAGAAACCCACCAAUCAAACCAGCCCGUGAGCCGCACCUGGUGACAGCGGGGAGCGAGAACUCCCUUUUAACAGGAGGAAACCUCUGGCAGGCUCAGGGAGGCGGGAUGAAGCUAAGCAGCCGCAGCAGGCGAUCGAACACCCAGGGAUCAUGGGAAGCAGGCUGGCCUGCUGCAGCGCUAUCUCAGAGUUCAGGGUGCAGCGGGAGAGCAGCCAUAUUUGAUGGCUAAUAGAGGCGUAACGGCAGGUCGUCGAGCUGUUCGAACUUCCUGUUUGGCAGCUUUUAUUGGAGGUUCCAGGUGGAGACGCUUUGGCUGUUUAGUUACAUCGAAGAAACGACCGACGGAGCAAAGACCCUGAUCACAUGAUCGAUACUCCGACCUCCUCGUGAACAAAGUCCCGAGGAAGGCCGACCAACCACAAACCUCCGAUGUGCUCGCCUCAGAGGAGCGUCCCAGAGCUGCGUCCCAGAGCUGCGUCCCAGAGCUGCGUCCCAGAGCUGCGUCCCAGAGCUGCGUCCCAGAGCUGCGUCCCAGAGCUGCGUCCCAGAGCUGUGCGAGAUUUCAGCUUUUAGAACGAACGCGUUGCUAAACGAGGAAAACCUUCGGAAAUCUGACUGGAAUGUUUGGAGGCGUCGGAGCCGGAGGAGAGCAUGUUUUCGUGCAGAGCUCUAUUUUACCUGACAGCAGGAUUCAAACACUUGUUUUUUGUAAUAAAAGUAUUUUUAAACAUGUAAAUUUACUGUAAUCAAGUUUGUAUAAAAUCAUGCAGAAAAUAAA